AUGGUGAAGAAAAGUUUUCUUUUCCUUUCAAUCCUCGCAAUUUCGUUUGCGCAACAAAAAUUCACAACUUCAGGUGUUGGGGCAGGUGGGAAUAUGGCGAUACAGCUAGAUGUCGCUUACUCUUCAGUUGUAACAGGUGUAGGUGCUUUUGCAGCGGCCCCUUAUUACUGUGCACAAGGAUCUGAAGUCACGAGCAAAACAGCUUGUAUGCUUUCUUCAUAUCUGAUCAAUGUAGACGCUUUGGUUCAAUAUACCAAAGAUAUGGCUUCAUUAGACAACAUUGAUGAUGUCCAUAAUAUAGCACAAGAUAACAUUUGGCUUUUCUCUGGAUCACUUGAUACUGAAGUCCAUCAAGAUACAGUUAUUCUUAGGCUAUAUAAAUAAUUUACUGUAUAAAUAAGGAAUUCAUGGUAUUUUAUAUAAAUUGUGGACCAUAUGUAAUAAAAUUGUUGUAAAUUUAUUAGAGAAAGGGUAAAAAGACCCAGCAAUAUUUUUCAAAUUUCGUGAAUGCCUACAAAAUAAACUCCACCUUUGACGUCGCAGCUGAAAAUUCGUGGGUUACUAAUGGAUAUGGAAAUCCUUGCUGGUAUCUUGGAGCUCCUUAUUUAAGCAACUGCCAAUAUGAUGCAGCAGGAUACAUCCUUAAGCAGCUUUAUGGGACUUUAAAUGCUCCUGUGACCAUGAACUUUUCUAAUUUUUAUACAUUUGAUCAGUCAGAAUUUGUAUCAAGCUUUGACAGCGGAAUGGUCACAUAUGGCUGGAUUUAUCAGCCUUGGAGCUGCUUAUAUAACCCCAACUGCAAGGUCCAUGUUGCUCUGCAUGGCUGUGACAUGAACUAUGGCGCUAUUGGAAACGCAUUUGUUAGAAAUUCUGGAUUAAAUACUUGGGCAGAGUCUAACAGCAUUGUAAUUAUUUAUCCUCAAGUACUUGCACAGCAGGUGGUUAAUCCAGCAGGGUGUUGGGAUUGGUGGGGAUAUACAGGGGCUGACUAUGCUUGGAAAUCUGGCCCUCAAAUGUUAACUUAAUUUAAAUUUAUUAAAGUCUUCUAGAUUUGAUGACUCUUCACACUUUGGCUAACGCCACUUUCUCACUUACUCCCCCCCUCCGUGAGUGAACAAAAAAUUUUGUUCACUCAUGGAGGGGAUUAAUUUUUUUUUAAAAAUUUAAAUAUAAAUUUUAUAUAAACAAAAUUUUUCGAAAUUUUAAAAAAAUUCUAAUUUGCAAAAAAUGGGAAGCAAAUAUUAAUUUAAUUUAUAAAGUUUAUGUUUUUUAAAACGCAAUUUGUUUGUUUAGACAUUAAACAAAAUUAGCUCGAGAUUUCAUUAUACUAAUUAUCACUUAUAUAUCAAUUUUUUUUAUUAAAAAAAUUUUUGUUCACUGAUUGAGGGUGAGUUUUUGACAAAAAAUAGGGAUUUUUCUAAUGGUUUUAUUUCACUCACGGAGGGGGGGAGUAAGAGAAAACUAUACCUUUAUUUGGAGCAGUGGUCUUCUCUAUGGACAGAGCGUGCAAUGCGAUCCCAAGAGCAUCAAUGCGUUAGAAAAACCCCUUCAUCAUUUCGCCAUCAGUUGCAGAGGCACCGGUAGGCCUGAUAACUUUUGUCUAUAAUCCACGAGGAUUGGAUACACCCAGGUAAAAGAGGCCAUGCCUCUGGAGCUCGGAGCAAAAAGCCAUGGUCCAAAAUUAGCCGGAUAAUUGAUACUUUAUCAUGAAUCCUCCACUUGCUUUGAGCCAAGCCGUCAAGGACAUAAAUAGCUACCAUAUUAAUUAUCCUCAAAUGUUAGGGAUUUAUAAUAUUACGCAAAACAUUGAUCUCAUCACUUCUCAUUACAGGCCUAACCUUUCAGCUAAAAUAAAUAAAACUGGGAAUUAA